AUGUCCCCAGAGGACCUCGUCGGGGCUGGAGGGGGUCGCCGGGGACCUGCCCUCCCCACCCGGCGCUGCCGCUCCCCGCGGGGCUCCGGAACACAGCGCCCGAUUCCGGGGAGAACGUGCCAUAAGAACCCGGAGUGCAGCCCCCCGCGCGCGCCGAGGGACCAUUUCCUUCCGCCGGGGGGGUGGGGGGCAGCGCUCCCUCGCGACCCCCGAUCACCCUCGCGCAGUGUGGUCUCCGAGGGGGGUCGCCGAGUUAACACCCCCAACUCCGACCUGCUACGGCGGCCUCGUCGGUCCCGAACCCCCACCCCCGUCCCUGCCCAACUUUGGAGACCCCCUCGCCGGCUUCCCGGGCGCACUGCGCCCACCCAGGGCCGGAACCCGUGGCUUAAAAGGCCGGCCUCCCACCACCCCCACCCCGCGCCUCACCGCGCAGGGCCCGCUCGGGGGGCGCAUGCCCUGCGCCUGGCGUCCAGCCCUGCCCCGGCCGCGCCUGGCCUCCGGCCCCGGGCCGCGAGCUGCGCGCUGCUGGCUCCCGGCCGCCGCCGGGUUUGUGCCGCGCGCCGACUCACCGAGCCGCCAGCCGAGUCCGCGUCUACACCCCCAUCCGACCCGAUUGGGCAUCCACAACGACUUCCCACUGAGGGGUGUUCCAUGGGGCAGGCCGAACCCUUUGCCCACCCGCUCACCGGCUGGAGGACCCACGAGCUGUUCCCGCGGCAGUGACCUCAGGUGAAGCUGCUGUGGGAACACGUGAAGGGGUUUUGUGUAAAGGGACUUUUCAUUUCUCCGACACGAAGGCCCCAGAGCCCUUCUUUACCUUAUUUUUUUAAAAAUUAAUUUUCCA